GGUGUGAGAGGGAGAGAGAGACCCGCUGGGCCAAUCCACCCUGCGGGCGGGAGCCUGAGGGAGGAAAAGUGGAGGGCUGAGAACUAGGCUGCUGGGGGGAAUGGGUCCCCGCGUUCUGCCCCUGUCAGACUCUUGGUAGGGGACCCGGGGAACCGGCGGGGGAUGGGGGCUGCCCUAAGUGGGAGGCCACAGAAAAGGCUUUCGUUCUCAGAAGAUUCUCCAUCUCAGCCCCAUUUGGAGAGCUAUCCCACAGGAGAGACGGUGGGCGUCUGGGUCCCCUUCACGGGGACAGAAGUUCCCCGACCAUCCCAAUUUCCCCCACUUUAACCCCCUUCUCCUCUCCCCAUCUGGAGUCGGGGUCCCGGUGCCCCUUUCAGGCGGCAAGCAGGGCCUGGUGGGGCUGGAAAGGAGGGAAAAGAGACUGGAGGACGUGACACAAGUCUCAGUUGCCUCCGCCCCCUGCUUCCCCGCCACCGCCACUCUCCAAAUUGGCGCGGAACCGGCUUCUCCACACCGCUUCGCCUCCACAGCCCCCUCUCUCCGCGGCUUGUCCAGGAUGGGAGGCGGAAGGUGGGGGCGCUGCCCAAGCCCCACUCUGGGUGUAAGGGGGAGAGGGUCGAGCACCCGGAAAAGACCAGUUUAGGGGGAAAUCUGCCUCCCUGCGCGUUCGAAGGACGGGGGGUGCUUUGUGAAUUUUUUUAAAGACAUUUGCGCCCUGGCUGUGCAUUCAGUUGAGGAAAUACAGACUUGCGUCCGAAAUUAAUUACCCUGAGAUAACUAACACAGCCCAAAAAUCAGCGUGGUAAAAUGGCUCACUCCUGAGGGACUUAGCUGCAACCUCUGAAUCAGCAUCUAAUUGGCACUGGAAUAUGAAUGACAAUGUACUUGACUCUGGUUUUUUUCCUCCCACCCUUCCAGAGGUGUCAUACAACUGAAAGAAGAGAAUGUCAAGACGCAGUAGCCGUUUACAAGCUAAGCAGCAGCCCCAACCCAGCCAGACGGAUUCCCCUCAAGAAGCCCAGGUAAUCCAGGCCAAGAAGAGAAAAACAACCCAGGAUGUCAAAAAAAGAAAAGAGGAGGUCACCAAGAAACAUCAGUAUGAGAUUAGGAAUUGUUGGCCACCUAUAUUAUCUGGGGGCAUCAGUCCUUGCGUUAUCAUUGAAACACCCCACAAAGAAACAGUAACAAGUGACUUCUCCAGAUUUACAAAUUACAGAUUUAAAAAUCUUUUUAUUAAUCCUUCACCUUUGCCUGAUUUAAGCUGGGGAUGUUCCAAUGAAGUUUGGCAUAAUAUGUUGAAAAAAGAGACCAGAUAUGUUCAUGACAAGCAUUUUGAAGUUCUGCAUUCUGACUUGGAACCACAGAUGAGGUCAAUACUUCUAGACUGGCUUUUAGAGGAAAUCUACGCUCCUAAGCUCCAAGAGUUUGCUUAUGUCACUGACGGUGCUUGCAGUGAAGAGGAUAUCUUAAGGAUGGAACUCUUUAUAUUAAAGGCUUUAAAAUGGGAACUUUGUCCUGUAACAAUCAUCUCUUGGCUAAAUCUCUUUCUCCAAGUCGAUGCUCUUAAAGAUGCUCCUAAAGUUCUUCUACCUCAGUAUUCUCAGGAAAAGUUCAUCCAGGUAGCUCAGCUUUUAGAUCUGUGUAUUCUAGCCAUCGAUUCAUUAGAGUUCCAGUACAGAGUAUUGGCUGCUGCUGCCUUGUGCCAUUUUACCUCUAUUGAAGUGGUUAAGAAAGCCUCAGGUUUGGAAUGGGACAACAUUUCUGAAUGUGUAGACUGGAUGGUGCCUUUUGUCAAUGUAAUAAAAGGUACUAGUCCAGUGAAGCUGAAGGCUUUUAAGAAGGUUCCUGUGGAAGAUAGACACAACAUCCAGACACAUUCAAAUUAUCUAGUUAUGUUGGAUGAAGUAAAUUAUAUAAACAACUUCAGAAAAGGGGGACAGCUGUCACCAGUGUGCAAUGGAGGCAUCAUGACACCGCCGAAGAGCACCGAAAAACCACCAGGAAAACACUAAAAAAGUUACUAAGCAGAAAAGUGGAAAUUGACCAAGUAUAUGGUAGAACUUCAUACAAAUGAACUACUAAAGUCUUACACCAAAAUACUGCUGUGACUGUCCUAGCCGAUCCAGAAGUUACACUGCUGUUCUUUGGUUAAAAGGCCACUCAGAAUUGGUACCAAGGAAUUAUUCCCUAUGUUAGCCAUUAAAGAAACAGCAGGACUUGUUUACAGAGAUGACUUCAUUCCCAAGGUGACUGGAUAGAAGCCAGCUGCGAUUUAUACCACAGCAACAUUUUUCUUGGAUCCAGUGUUACUAUGUUUAUUUUGAUAAACUAGGAAUUUUAUUAUUGGGGUAUUGGACUAGGUAAGUGCUACCUUAAAGGGUACAUUAAGUGAAUAUAGUACUUUGAAUCUAGCUUUUAGAUUCUCAAAAUUCAUGCACUCUUGACUAGUGCAAUUUGGUUCUUAAAAAUAAGAUUUAAACUUGUUUACAAAGGUUUAGUUAUGUAACAAGGUAAACUAUAAUUUAUCUACAGCUGCUGUAGCAAGCUGUUAUAAAACUUGAAUUUUUACAAAUGGUAAACUUUAAUCUGUUUUUUAACUAGUUUAUUUGCCUUGCCAUAAUGUAUUUUUUAACAAUAAGAAAGGCUUAAAUGAACAUGGUGUUGAAACUGCUCUAAACAGUGGGAGUACCAAAGAAAUCAUAAACAAGAUAAAUGUGGCUCCUACUUGGGGCUUUGACAGGUUGCUUUAUGAUAACCUUUUUGUAUACCACAAUUUGGGUGAAAAACUUAAGUACCUUUUAAAACUAUUUAUAUGAAAAAGUCACUUUAUUACUCUAAGAUGUCCCUAAGGAUUUUUAAUUUAGUGUGACUGUGGCUUUAUUUAUGUUCCCAAAAUUGUUAAGGCCCUUAAAAAAAAAUCUACAUUAUGAGAUAAGGACAGUGUCAAAGUGAAAAAAGCUUAACACUUGACCUAAACUUUUAUUUUCUUAAGGCAGAAGAGUAUUAAAUGUAUACUGACUCUUAGAAAUCUAUUUAUUACUUUAAAAAAAAAAAAACUUGACAUAAGAACUUGCUAUAAUAAACUAGCUACUUCUGCAUAUCUUAAAUUAGGUUUGUUUUUUAUGAAUUUCAGCCUCACAGGUAGAAUUAGAAAAAAAUUAUACUAGUUUAUUAAUAGACAUGUGAAUCUUUUCUUCUUUUGGAGAAGUUAUAAAUUUAAGCUAUUAAGUAUGAAGUCUUCUGUAUAGUUUUUUUUUUUAAACUAAUAUUUGUUUCAGUAUUUUGUCUGAAAAGAAAACACCACUAAAUGUGUACAUAUGUAUUAUAGAAACUUAAUCUUUUAAUACUGUUUCUUUUUAGACCAUUGUUUAAAAAAAAAUAAAAGUUUAAAAUUUUUAACUGCUUAAAAGUAAAGUUUUGCCAUUGCUUGGAGAAACUUUUUUUUUCUUCUCUGUGCUGCCAGCUGUAACACUUCUUCUGGAUUGCUUGCAUUCAAUUCUGUCUGGCCAAUGGCUUUGAUCUUUCAAAACAGAAAAGUGACGUUAUCAGCAGUCUGGUAAAAAUAAAAUCUUACUAGUACACAUAAUAUAAAAUUACCUAUAUGCUAACAGUGAUAGUUCAACUGAAUCUCUAAUUGUAAAACCCAAGAGGUGCAAAAAAAUUAACCUAAAGACUGACUAGAGACACUCUUCAGGAGAAGACCAAUUACUGAAGGAUUCAGUGACAUUUUCUUACAUUUUCUUCAUGUAAGUUUAAUCAACUUAAUACCAGUAAACAAACUAUAUGGUAAUUUGACAAAUGAUAAAUUUUUACAGUUAAAUUGGAGUCAAAUGUUAAGACUUCUAUAAAAUAUUUUGAAAAAUCACAAUUCUGUUUCAGGGCUUCACUUUUUUAAUGUGCAAAAGUAUCUAGGUUGCUUAGCACUGUAAUAGCAUAUAUUGCUCAACUUUUCCAUGAUCAGAAAGAAAUACCUUAACCUACUAAAAAUCUAUCCCUAUCACUCUGCUAUGGAGUGUUUAAUGAAGGCAUACUUUAAGAACUUAGAAACUACCUUUAGAUAAUUUUAAAAAACCAAUUAGCUAGCACUUAUUUAAACAACAAAGACUAUUCUAAUAUGUGGCUUGAAGGGAGAAAAAACUAAUCAGAAAUGAUCAUCAGAGACAGGAGGUCAGAGAGUAGGAAAGGUUAUAUAAGACAAGCUGGAGUCAACCAGGUGUUAGAGAAAUACGUACCACAUGAGUAGAAGUCAAAACCAUGAGUGGAUGAGAUUACCCAGAGGGAACAUGAAAUGAUUAAAAAAACAAAAACCCCCAAGGACUAAUCUCUUGGAAGCAGUGGGCAGAAGGAGAUACCCAUAAGAAAGAAAAGGACAGGAAAAGAAUAGAGAAAAAAAUAUGCCAGGGAGGCCAAAGGAAGAAAGUUUUUAAGAAGACAGGCAAGGUAAAACAGUGGGAUAAGGAUUAAAAAGUAUCCACUGGCUUUGGCAUUUGACGGCCCUUGAGAGAGCAGUUAGGUGAUCGCAGAAGUCAAACUGCACUGAAGUUUCAAAAAAAAAAACACUAGGUAGUGAAGGGACAAAAGGUGGCUAGAGGUGGAGGCAUAAUCAAGAAAUGUUUUUAUUAAGGAUGAAAUAGUUAUAGACUAUGGGAGAGAUUAACAAUAUAAAAGAGGAUGUAACUACUUAAAAGGUCCCUAAAAGGAUAAAAUAAAAGCUUAAUAAAGACUGUCUGAACCAAGAAGUGGUAUACCUUUUUUACUGACUUUAAGAGUGGGCUUAAUGAUGAGUAUAGUUGUAGGUUAUUUUAAAUGUAGGAAACAGGGAUUUGAGCAGGCACUCAUUAGGCCAAGAUUUCCAUGAGGACUUGCCUAUUUCAAGUAUACAAGAGGCAAAGAAGUUAUUGAAAAGAGAAAAGGUAAAAAAUGGAUAGGGAGAUUAAGAGGGGGAAAGCCUAAAAUAGUCCCUGAAAAGAACACAGACUGCUACCUAUUGGGAGGCAAAACAAGAACCCGGGGACCAGCUAAGGUUGGAGAUUGUGGAGUUAUUAUGGCAUAGGACUUUUUUUCUAACAGGACUUAGUGGCCCAGAAAAAUAAACUAUAAAUUACUGAUUCAGGAUUGACUUUUUCCAGGUGAGAUGGACAAAAGAGCAAACAUGCUGAAGAUACUGAUCAAAGUAGUCUGAUAGUCAACCAUACAUAGCAGUGGUUCCCAAAUCUGGUUGGUUACUAGAACCACCCAGGAAACAAAAAUUGGACUCCAGGGCCUCAACUCAGACUGAAUCAGUAUCUCUGAAAGUGCACAGUGACUGAUAUUUGCUAUACUUGGGGUGUGUACAGAAGGAAAGGAAGCUUGGAAGGGGCUGAAACACUGUGAAAAAACUCAUCAGGAACCUGAACAAACCGGGCUGCCAAUAAUGCAUGGCUAUGGGUGGGGACUAAACAGCCACUGGGCUGCUAACUGAAUCACUCAGCAGCUCCACAGGGAGAGAGACUUGACCAUCUGCUCCCAUAAUGAUUACGGCCUAGAAAACUCUAUGGGACAGUUCUACUGUGUCACAUGGAGUUGCUAUGAGUCUGAAUCCACUCAAUGGCACCUAACAACAACAUGGGUGUGGAUGGCUGAAGCAGAGUAAAGAUGACAACGGAAGCAACGCUACAAGGACCUGUAAAGUUAAGGGUGUUGGAUAAGUUGAGCACAUGUCUUUUGAUGCAUGUAAAGGUGUAACCAGGAGGAGAGAUGAGCUAAUAAGGAGGUGGGUAUACGGUUCAAAGGAGAAGGGGCUUUAAAAUGGUAUCCGUAAAAAUGGUUUGGAAAUAGCCUAAGAGGCCUGGGAAAAUUUCAGCUUUGCCUUCUAGCUCCAGGUAAAUAGGGAACAGAAUGAGUAGCCCCCAAUUAAGGUGAACUAGCUUUGUGGGUUUUUUUUUCCCCCAAAGAAACGGUACUGUUACCUUGUUUUCCCUAAAUAAUGACCAUACAAUUUAGUCCAACUCCAAAGCUUUCAAAGACAAAGAAAACUUAAUAAACGGCAUAUACUUUUGUUAAUGAGUGAAAGCAAAGAGAUAACAUGAUGGCACUAAUGCCGCCAAGUGUUGGGCAAGUGAAAAAUAUAUAAUUGCUGUUUCAGCCUGUAAGUCAGAUAAAUCCCACAUCCAGUCAGUCAGUACUGACCACCUGUUAUGUGCUGCGCACGUACAUAACCAACAGUGACAAGUGCCACGGAGAGAAAUUUUAAAGGAAAAGGAGAAUAAGAGUAUUGGAGGAAGAAAAAGAGAAAGGGGGCACUGUUCUAAGAUGAUCAGAGAAGGAUGAUCAGUAAGAAGGUGACAUCUGAGGAGAGACCCAAGGAAGUUAACACUCCCGGCAGAGAAAAAUGUCAAAGGCCCUUAAGUGAUAAAUGGUCUUGGCAUGCUCAGAUGGGGAGCGGAGACCUAAUCCUAUGGGACCUUGAAGGCCAUUUUAAGGACUUGGACUUUAUGUGAGAUGGGAAACCAUUUGAAGGUUUAGGGCAGAGAAAUGACUUGAUGUAAUGUUUUAAAAUAAACUAAUAUACAGCUCAUAUUACCAAAAAGGGAUCUUUUAAAAAAAUAAACACUAUUUAAAAAAUAAGUACCAUUAACCAAAUUCUGGCAAUAACUAGGCAUACAAAAUCUCUUUUGUUGGUUCAAAUCUUAAUUAUUCAAUCACCAAUGAAUAAGAUAACUUACCGCAAUCUGUCUUUUAUCUGUUUCUCCUCUUUUAUGAUGAAGAUCUAAAUGAAUCAGUUAGGAAUAAUGCAUCUGUUAUGAUUACAUAUGAUAGAAUUUCAGCUGGUUUUCAGUUUUGUUUUGAAAAAUACAUAUUAUAUACUUCUUUAAUUUAUACAAAUUAGCCAUUUUAACAUUUUCAUGAAAGGAUACAAGUCAAGUAUUCCAAAAUGGUAACAUCCCAUAUGUAGUCAUAGUAGGAGUCCAUAGCAUCAUGACUGAAAAAUAGAAUCCAAUUACUACCACUUUCUUAAGCAGAAAAACUUCAACUCAGUCUUACUUUAAAAAUCAUUCAUACCUGUUUUGUUCCUGCAGUGAUUUAAAGGCUGUUUUGUAGUCUAUUUCUCUGAGGAACUGACAUAAAAUUGCCACCUACAUAAACAGACAUGAAAUAUGAUUUUAUGUAACCCAUGUCAACAAUGACUCUCUUGGUUUUGGAGAGGUAAUCUUAUUCCUACAUCAAGAAUGUAGUCUUCAAGUAAUUUUGGAAGCCUUGCAGAUCAUGCUGAGUGGGACACUCAUACUUAUGGUUUCCAUCCAAUUUUCAAAAACCUUUAUACAACUGUCUCUCUGUCCAGUAUUUUCUUCACUAGUGACCUAAACCACAAAUUUUUAAAGCUUUGUUUAUAUGAAUAAGAAGCUGGCAAAAAGUCAAUUCAGAAAACUGAAGUGAAGUAGACGGAAAGCUGCCAAACAAAAGUGUCAUGACACUGAAGGACACAGAGAACACGUAAUUAAACCUUUCACAGCUGGCAAGUACAGAAGCUUAUAUUGGCAAAAUUUAGGCGUCAGUGUGGCUUAACAUCAAACAGACCAGAUCUAUUUCAAUCAGGGAAGUCAUAGUGCUUUAUCUUUAAUUUUUUAAACUAAUUCACAUAACGUAAAACCCACCUUUUUAAUAGUAUAUUCAUAAAGGUAUGCAUCCAUCACUAAAAUCAAACUUAGAUCAUUUGUAUUACCCCCAAAAGAAAUCACAUAUCCCUGAGCCAUCACUCUCCAAACCCCCCUCUGCCCUCCAGCCCUAGGCAAACACUAAAACACUAAUUUGUUUAUACAUUUGUCUAUUUGGGACAUUUCAUAUAGACAGAAUCAUAUAAUAUGUUGUCUUUUAUGAGGCUUCUUUAAUUUAGCAUAGUGUUUUCAGAUGCAUCCACAUUUAGCAUGUAUCAGUACUUCACUCCUCUUUAUAGCCAUUUGGGUUAUUUCACUUUUUGGCAGCAUUCACAAUCACACAAGAUUUUGUGUGAACAUAUGUAUGUUUUCAAAUUCUCUUCGUUACAUACCUAGGAGUGGGAUUUCUGGAUCGUAUUGUAAUUUUAUGUUUAACUUUUUGAGAAACUACCAAACUGUUUUCCCAAAAGGCUGCAACAUUUUACAUUUUCCCCAGCCAUGUACAAGGGUUCCAAUUCCUCCACAUCCUCGUCAGCACUUGUUGCUGUCUCUCUUGAUUACAGGUAUCUUAGUGAGUCUGAUGUGGUACAUCACUGUUUUUUCACUGUGGUUUUGAUUUUUAUUUUCCUAAUGACUACUGCACAUAUCUGCUCUUAAAUAUAAGAAAACAUACUUGAGAGUCCUUCUUUUCCAUUUAUAACGUUCAUAGGUCAAUAUUUUCUAAUUCAUACUUUUAGUUAAAUAUCUAUAAACUACUAAAAAAAUUAAAGCUAAUUCCCAGUCCAACGCUUUAUAUAUAUUAUAAACUCUGACAUAGAUUAAAUUAAACCAAUAUCAUAAUAUUAUAAACUAACCUGUGUGUGGCAAUUCAGCAAAGAACAACACUUUAUCAUUCGUUUUAUCACCUACAAAAAUAAAAUUCUGAUUAUUUUCAAUAAGUAGUUAAUAACAACUUUAAAACCUUAUUUCAAAAGCCAUUUAUUUUAAGUAUUGAAAAAUGCCAUGUGUUAAAUUAUGAUAUUGGCAGCCAGAUGCAAGAGCAAUACAUAUCAACAGAGAAUGAACAAAAUUUGAGAUUUAGGAGGUGGAAUCAAUAUAACUUAACAGCUGACUGGAAGUUGGGGGAGGGUCAGUAAAGAGCCAAGUAUGACAUUCAGGAUUUGGGCUUGAUCAACUCAAAUAGUUCAAAAAAGGAAUGUAAAGCGUUUGGUAUUUUGGGGUCUAUUGUUUUUUGUUUUUUUUUUAAGAAGGGCAGAUGAGUUUGUCAGGAGGGGGCCUUGGUAAAGCAACAUGCUAAAACCAGUUUUGGACAGAGUGAGUCUGAGAUAUCUUUAGGAAAUCAAAGCAGCAAUGGUCUAUGGUCAGUUGGAAAUAUGGAAAGCAAGCUGUCCUAGCGCAAACAUUUGGGAGUUACCUCAGCAUACACGGAAAUGAGUAGGUUCACCCAGAAAGCGUACAGAAUGAGAAGAAAAGUGGGCCCAGGAAGAACAUUUAAAGGUAGGCAAGAGGAAAGAAAGCCCACAGAAACCACUUACCUGGUCUGUAUAAACAUCAGGGGGCACAGCCUUAUUAAAGAAAUCAGAACACACAGCUCCUGCCUGGAGGUAAUAGUGAAGAGCUGCCGAAUACUGAUUUGUCGCUGAGGUAGAAAACAGAGAUAAAGAAUUACCUACCAUUAGACACAACAGCUGAAAAACCAGACAGGGCCUCUUUUGUGGAGUAAGUCAGGUAUAAUUUCAUGAGAUGAUAAAACUUUAUACCUAUCCAGGACAACACUGAGAAAACAAUGGCUUUUUUAAAAAACCACUUUAAAGAAGCAAUAUAGUAGAUUCUCUGCCUUCUAAAACUGAUCUGCAAAAAAUUUAGCUCAGAUGUCUUAUCAAACUUACUAGGGCAGAAUUUAGCAUUUGAAGGGAUUUAUUUCUCAUAUGACCAACUAGAAAUAUACCCUAAUUUCUCAAGGUAGUUUCAGAAUCAACACAUUCAUUCUGAAUAUAGAUACUAAGAUCUUGAUGAUAAAUUCUUUUGGGGUUUCGGGUGAAAACGGGCAUUAAAAUAGGCUCUUACUUGCUUCAAAAUAAUCAGUGAGGGGUGGGGAGCAGUGGGAGAUAAUAUAGGUAAAGCAGAGACAAAACAAAACUGGCCAUGAGUUAAAUACUUGUUAAAGCUAUGGAGUAGAUACGUGGGAGUUCACUAUUCUAUUCUCUACUUGUAUAUUUUGAAAUUUCCCUUAAAAAAAAAAAAAAACCCUAAAAACUUGACUCUGAAAUGAUACCCUAAGUCAGAAAUUUUAUUUGAUCUGUACAAUAAGAAUAUUGAAAAUUUCAUGCCAAGUUGGAAAAUGCUAUUUACACAUACCAGAGAUGAAAAAUAAUUAUCAAGAGUGCCUGAAGAGACUUGAACCAAUUACCAUCAAGUUGAUUCCGACUCAUAGAGACCUCAUGUGCUUCAGAGUAGAACUGCACUCCAUAGAGCUUUCAAUGGCCGUGAUCUUUUGGAAGAAGACUGCCAGGACUUUCUUCCAAGGUACCUCUGGGUGGAUUCAAACUACCCAGUUUUUGGUUAGAAGCCAAACACUUAAUCAUCUGUGCCACCCAGGGAUUUCUGGAGAGACUUCACAAUAUUUUUUUUUUUUUUUAGUAAUUUUUAUUGAGCUUUAAGUGAACAUUUACAAAUCAAGUCAGUCUGUCACAUAUAAGUUUAUAUACACCUUAUUCUAUACUCCCAAGACUUCACAAUCUUUAAAUAGCAAUUUUGCAAAUAAAAACUUAUUCCUUAAGAAUGCUUUACCAGCUUAUUAGAUGAAUAAAUACUAUUUUUUUUUAAAAAAAAGGUAGUCAUUUGAACCAGUUUCUACACAGAAAAAAUACAUAAAUAUAACAAUUAUAGUUUUAUUCCCUCAAUUUUACCUAGGAAUAAUUAGACAGUCUCCAAAAUAAAGUGUUCUAAUAAAAUGUGCCAUGUAUUUAUCUUCACUUUUAUAAGUGCUACAAAAACAAAUUAUCAGAGAGUAUCCAUACAUUUCACUUACCGAAAUAAAUGUCGGCCUGAAUAAUUAACCAGGAAUGGUUGUUUGGAUUUAUACUGAGUGCAUACCGAACCAGCUCUUUCACUGUGAUUGCCACAGCUUCAAAGUCCACUGACUGGAGGCUAGCGGAAAGACAGUCAACAUUAAUCUCUAUAUUGAAAGUCAAUUUCAAGUUCUAUACAAGCAUUUACUAAAAAAAAAAAAAGCCAAAA